AUGGCGAAGAAUCUGUGGAAUUUGAGUGGUAAAUCGGAUAGUCUAUGGAUUCGAUGGAUCCAUAGUUACUAUACAAAACAGAAGGAUAUAUUGGAGGUCCCUCUAAAGAAGUCUAGCUCUUGGAUUUUGAAGAAACUUCUGAAAGUUAGAGAUGAGAUUAGUAGCUUGCAGGAGGGACAACAAAUGCUAACAAAGGAUAAAUUUCACACGAAAGGCAUGUAUCUGGCUCUGCUUGAAGAUGAUCAAAAUGUUGCUUGGAGAAGUAUGAUGUAUGGUAGCCUUGCUAGACUAAAGAUUGAAAGUAAUUUGAAAAAUAGUUCAAGUUUACUUAAUGAAAUGAUGGAGUUUGAAGGGGUGGACAAAGAUGUGAAGAGAACGGGCUUUAGAACAAGCACGAAAGAGAUGGAGAUUUCCCCAGAAAAUGUUGUUCUUCCUGAAAAGAAGACAGAGGGUCUGGUCCCAGCAAUUCUGGAAACAAGCCAAUAUGUUGAGCAUAGAGUAUGUGUUAAACACUUAUAUGGAAAUUGGAGGAAGAAGUAUCCUGGAAUUCAUAUGAAAGAAGUGUUAUGGAGGGCAGCUAGAGCCUCAACAAGACCGACAUGGGAAAGAGUAAUGAAUCAAAUGAAAGAUCUUAAUGCCAAGGCUUGGAAAGACAUGAUGGAUGUACCUCCUGCAUGUUGGAGUAGAUCUCAUUUCAAGACAGACUCACAGUGCGAUUUACAAGUCAAUAAUAUGUGCGAGGCUUUUAACCGAGCAAUAUUGGAGUAUAGAGACAAGCCAAUAAUCACAUUGCUUGAAGGAAUUAAACAUUACAUAACAGUGAGAAUUUCUACUCAAAAGGAGAAGUUAUCCAGGUACACAAGUGCUAUAAGUCCUAAUAUUCAAAAAGUACUGGAAAAAACAAAGCGGGAAGCAGAACGGUGGAGUGAAACUUGGCAUUCGGAUGAUGACUUUGCUAUAUUUGGGGUUUCAAACAGUAUUGAGACAUAUAUUGUAAACUUGCUGCAGAAGACAUGUGCUUGUAGGAGGUGGGAUUUAACCGGAAUACCGUGUUGUCAUGCUAUCGCGUGCAUAUGGUUUAACAAAAAGGACCCCAAAGAUUAUGUUUCAUCAUUCUACAGGAGGUCUACGGUGAUGGCUACUUAUAGCUAUAUCAUUAUGCCAACCAAUGGUCCACAACUAUGGUCGACAAAUGUUACUCAACCAAUCAACCCUCCCGUCAUGAGAAGAUCUAUUGGUAGGCCAAAGAAGAAUCGUAACAAGUCAAAUGAUGAGCCGAGAAAUAGAAACAUAUUACCUAUAAGUCUUCAAACUGUCAAGUGCAAGAAAUGUGGGAGUUUUGGACAUAACAAACGAACGUGUAAAGGUAAGAGAGUUGCAGAGAGAGCAAUUCCUAAGGGUGGAAACAAAAAGACAAAAAAUGGAAACAAAGGGGUUGCACAAACAGUUAUAGACGGAGGAUCGCAAGCGCCAAAUCCAACCCAAGAAUAG